AUCCCUUUAUAAACUCGGGAAACAACUUUUUCGUUCAUUUUCACUUCCGAUACGAUCCCUUCCAGCUGUCAGUGAAAAGAAACACUAGUGAUAUGGAUAAUCCUGCUAAAACUAACACGAUGGCAGUACAACUGGUUGAAUCCAAUGAAGCUCCAGGGGGUGUUCAGCUUGUCAAUAGUAGACGAACAAACAAACAAUCCUCCCCAAUGGAUCUUGUGGAACUGGCUUCCUCAAUUCAACAGGCCGACGAGUUUGUGAAGGCUACAGCUGGUAGUAAGCUGACUGUGAUAGCUGAUCAGAUUCGUUAUCUCCAGGAACAGGCCAGGAAGGCGUUGAAGGAGGCUCAGAGAGACAACAUAAUACACCACGCGGCCUGUAACAUGGUUAAGAAACCUGGCACUUUAUACUACAUGUAUGAGAGGGAGUCUGGUCAGAAAUACAUGUCCAUUCUAUCACCAGAGGAUUGGGGAUCUUCAUGUCCACACGAGUUUGUCGGAGCUUACAAACUUGAAUUUGACAUGUCCUGGACACCUAUUGAGGAAAUGGAAAAAAGGACAGAACAGUUUGCAUUGAUUGACCGACUUUUAACAAGUAAUCAGAAAUCCAUCUCAGACUCUGCAACUGUUACAGUGUUAGGGGAAGAAAAGUCUGAAAAAUCAUGAUGUCUGUGUAGUUUUAAUCAUGUGUUUAUGUGAACUGUUAACCUGCUGUUACCAUAUGUGGACAUAGUCACACAUGCCAAUGUCUGUUGUUUUUUUAGGUGAUUUUGAUGAACCUGUGGCAAUAUUUGUUACCCAUGGAAAACAUCUGUUUCCAUAUGUCAACAUCUGUUACCAUGCAACAGUGUUUGCUACCAUGUGACAAUGUCAGUUAACGUAUACAGUGUGAUAAUAUUGAUCACUUCAAAUCAAAAGUGUUAAUAUGGGAAUUUUUGAUGGGUCAUUUUAACUCAUCCUGAAAUGAUUGGGUGACACACAGCUCUUGCAUUUACACAUUGUUUGGAGUUCAGUAAUAUGAUGUAUACUUUGUUUUGAUUAAAUAAUAAUAGUAUACAGUGCCUUCUCAAGCAACCAGCAUCUAUUCUUAUUUUCCCCAAAGAAAAGGGAUGCUACAGUAAACUAAACAAUGUUUGUGAGAAAUGAAUAUUCUUAAAUUGUGCAAAGUGAAAACUAAGCAUUUAAGAAACAAGACACAUUUAAAUAAUAUAAAGAACUCUGCUCAGGUUUCAUUUUCAGAAAGAACAUGUAGUUGUUUACUAGGUUGUUUUUCAAAGAAGAUAAAUAUGGGCCUUUUGUUGAGGUUGUGACUCCGAAAACAGGAACUAAAUUGAGGCUUAAAAUGCUGACGAACUGAUGGAUUGUGUGAAUAUAAUGGACAGACACAUCAGUGUAGAUAUUUAUACUAUCGGUAGAUUAUAAGUGAUACACAUAGGUUAAGGUUCUGGUUUGCAUGUCAGAAAUAUAAAUGUAUAAUCAGGAUUUAUUUUAUUUAUUAACAACUGAAGGGCAAUUAUUUUUGGCUGAACAUUUUCAGCUCCACUGAUACGAAGGGAAGCCUUUACCGUUGUGUAGCAUUUGUUUGUCUGUUGUCAGUGUUUUUCCUAAAACAGCUUCUCAAAAAUGAUAAUUGAUAUGUAGCAUAUAUAUAGCAUGAGUCAUGAUGAUUGUGUAGAGCUCUUAAACCUAUUCAAAUGAAUUGACUUACAUUCACAGUCAUAGGGGGUCACAUCCUCGA